UUCCAAAGGAAGAGCCCCUUACUCCACUGCAUCUCCAACUGUCCCUCUCGCGGAGACUGCCGGAAGUUGUAGUCCAAUGUCCCGCUGCUUCAAUGGGUUGGACUACAAUGACCAGCAUGCCCCACGCUUCUUGCCCCCUCCCCCAGGCCCCCCUCAUCUUUUUUAGCCUCAGGCGCCGGAGAGGCUCGGCUGACCUGCUGACUGGGAACCAGAAAUGGCAGCUACUCUGGGCAGCGGGGAGCGCUGGACGGAAGCUUACAUUGAUGCAGUUAGAAGAAACAAAUACGCAGAGGACAGACCUGGUGAAACUCAUGACCCCUGUGGCUGCUGUAACUGCAUGAAGGCACAAAAGGAAAAGAAGUCUGAGAAUGAGUGGAAUCAGACCUGGCAGGGUGAGGGGAAUGCCACUUACACUGAGGAGCAGCUGCUUGGGGUUCAAAGGAUUAAGAAAUGCAGAAAUUACUAUGAAAUCCUGGGAGUUUCUCGAGAUGCCAGUGAUGAAGAGCUUAAGAAAGCUUACCGAAAACUCGCCCUGAAAUUUCACCCUGACAAGAACUGUGCUCCUGGAGCAACAGAUGCUUUCAAAGCAAUAGGAAAUGCCUUUGCUGUGCUUAGCAAUCCUGACAAGAGACUCCGCUAUGAUGAAUAUGGAGACGAACAGGUGACUUUCACUGCCCCUCGAGCCAGACCUUAUGAUUAUUACAGGGACUUUGAAGCUGACAUCACUCCAGAAGAGCUAUUCAAUGUCUUCUUUGGAGGACACUUUCCUACAGGAAAUAUUCAUAUGUUUUCCAAUGUGACAGAUGAUGCCCACUAUUACCACCGGCGGCACCGACAUGAGAGGAUGCAGACACGGAAGGAGGAGGAAGAAGAUAAACCUCAGACUACGUAUUCUGCAUUUAUCCAGUUACUUCCAGUUCUUGUGAUUGUGAUUAUAUCUGUCAUUACUCAGCUGCUAGCUACUAAUCCCCCAUAUAGUCUAUUCUACAAAUCGACCUUGGGCUAUACCAUUUCUAGAGAAACCCAGAACCUGCAGGUGCCUUACUUUGUGGAUAAAAACUUCGACAAGGUCUACCGGGGAGCAUCUCUGCGUGAGCUGGAGAAGACGAUAGAGAAGGAUUACAUUGAUUACAUCCAGACGAGUUGCUGGAAGGAGAAACAACAAAAGUCGGAGCUGACAAACUUGGCAGGAUUGUACAGAGAUGAACGACUGAAAGAGAAAGCCGAGUCGCUGAAACUUGAAAACUGUGAAAAACUGUCCAAACUUAUUGGCCUACGCAGAGGGGGCUGAGAGGAUGAUAGUUCUAUGCAGGGUCGGGGUUUUGCUACUUGUUAUUUAUGUUCCUAAUUCCAUUUGAUAAUACAGAACUAGGAGAUGAUGAACAUUUUACAAUUUGCUAACUUUGGUGGGCUGAGUUAGAGGCACUUGAACAUGGAGCCAGACUGGCCACAGAAUCCUUCCUGGGAUUGGCUCUAGGGGCCGGAAACAGUUCCUCUAAGUUGAAUUAAUGGCAACACGUUGGAUUCAGCCUUCCCACCCUAUACCUGCCGGGCCUUAGGAGUGUAGUUCAGGGCAUCCCACAGCAGGUUCAAGUCUUCUUCCUUCCCUUCCUCACUAACCAGUCAUUCCUAGGCAUAGCCAAAGCAGCUGAAUGUUAGUUGUUCACAAAGUGCACCAAGAAUUAUACCUCCCCCUACACGAGAGUCGUCGUCUUCCCCAGGGCCCAGCCUUUGGAACGUGUUCCUACUCACAUUUCCAUUUCCUAAGGGGAAUGUGGAGAAAAGUAAACUAUUACCGUCAGUAGUAUUUGUCGAAUCUCUAUUCAGAAGUAUUAGCAAAAUGCCUGAUUUGAGUUUCUUCUUCUACUUCCUUAACUCUCUCUCUCUCUUGCAGAGGGGUUCCAGAAAUUAAAAGCAAUUGAGUGAAACAGUUCAAUGGAAGUAGGGGCCGGGGGUGAAGGUAAAAGGCAACACUUUGUCUCCACUUCUCAGUCCAUCGUAGUACCCAGAGAAUGUCCUUUUUGUCACUUCCUGUUGCCACAUCACAGAAACUGGGCCCCCGCACCCCGCAGACGUACAGUGGUGAGACUGCAGAGGAGCUGGCACUGCCGGCUGACUGGGCUACUUGCUCGUGCCUAGAGAUCGGGGGAGAGACCUUCUUUCCAUGGCCGUGGGGGUCUGGUGUUGGCCCCAGCAGUCUCUUUGUCCAACCCAGUGCCCUGUAGUCCGUGAUAGGAGAUGUUUUUUCACCUAGUCAACAUUUAUUGAGUGCCUAGCAUGAAGCAGGGGCUCUCACAUGCCUUUUCUUACUUUCCCCUCCGCACAGCUCUGUGAAGUGGACAUGUUAUCCCCAUUUUUAUGAAUGAGAAUACUGGCCCAGAGGGGAUGAAUGGUUGGCCUGCGUCACACAAGUGAUAGUGGCAGAGCUACAUGGUAGUGUGAUUAUCAAGUAGAAAGUGUGAGAUCAUCCCAAUUUCUCAGGUGAUUCUAGCCAGACUGGUAAAGCAGAAUCUCCCCCAAGAAUGCUCCUGUCCCCCCAGAUGGAGGGUCACCCUGUGACCCUGCAUCCUUUCUGUGGCAGUCCUUCAUCCAUCAGGACAUGUUUCCCCCAGUCAUUAGGAACCAAGACUCUGUACCAACUUAGUAUACAGAACACAAGGCCCCUCAAAGGCAGGCAGCCAGCCCUCCCCCUGGUGACGAGGAAGGGCUGCCCAGGCCACGUGGUGCUGGGCCUUCCUGCAGAUGCAAGCCACCAGACUGAGCUGCCUAGAUUACCAGGAAUCUGAGCCUGGAAGGGUCAGUGGGCGGCGGCUGCCAGCACUCAUCUUCCUCAGGAUGGGAGAAAAGUCCCUGUUGGACGGAGAUUCAACACGAAAGCUCAUUUCCAGGGUGGAGCUUCUCCUUUCGGAUACCCGGCCAGGACUCAGACAGAUGUGUCUGGCAUGGUUCACAUGCCACUGGGUCAGGAGAUGCCUCCAGAGGUAAAGAGUGGGGCGUUAGCAGCUGCUGGGGACAACCGCUCAGCUGUGGGGAAGGGGAGCAGCUCCAGAGACAGCCAGAUUUUGCUGCCCAACUGUGUCUAUCCUCCUGGGUUUUGGGGGCUUUCUCGAUUCCCUCCGAAUGACUGAAGGGACUUACAUGGUAAAACGUGCCUGUGAGCCCAUCAGGCUUAUGGAAGGUUUUCCUGUGCACACAAAAAUCAACGUUCUCUUCACCCCCAACCCCUGCUAGAAAGUGGGCCAUAAUUAAACUGACUUGACAGGCUAAAAAAGACCCUGCUCUCGAUGCCCACGAAGCGCAGUCACACAUUUUACGGAUUUCGGGGCAGACAUUAGUCAUCUGUGAUGGUACGACACAGAGGCAACACUAACUCCAAUAAAUGUCAGGCCUAUCGCCUGUUUUUAUAAUGCUGAGGGUGCCGUUUUAUUUACUGCCUAGUAGACCACCACACUCACAUCUGGUUUCCUCAAGGGAAUGCUAUUUCAUUUGGUUGAAGGAUAGAUGAAUCUAUUUGGUACGGUCCAGAAUAUUGUGAAACUAUACUUUCCCGGGUUAUAAGUUUAGAUGGGUUGUCUGCAUGGUGGUAAAAGUAAGCACUUUCCUCUUGCCUAAUCUCUUGGGAGGUUUCCUAGUCAUAUAUUUGCUCUCUAGGUGAGGCUUGUUCUUGCUGGCAGAACUUGGCAUGCAGCUCUAGACUGGGCCUAUGAGCAUUAGCGCAGGUUGGAGAUGUGUGCUGGGAGAGCGGCUAAGAAAUAGGGCUUGAGGCUAAAGCAAACACUGAAGCUCUUGUCAUUCAAGUGACAGUGCUUUUUGCAUGAUCAGCAGUGAGGAGGGGAGCAUGAAAAUCGUCACCACAAGGGACACCACAGCUGGAAGGCAUCCGUGUCCCCAGAUUAGCAACCCAGGGAUUCAUCUGCUCAAACCAGAAAGUGUGAACUUCCUUGAUCAAUCAGCUCCAGGCCUCACAGCCUGGAAGAAGUGACCAGUAAGAAAAUACAAUGGCUCUGCUUUCUGUUGGAAAUUUAGAAAUUACACCAAACUCCAAACCCCACUGGGACGUGGGGUCCAGCAGCCUGGCCAAGCUCUGUGUUAUUCUCAUGUUCACCCUCAUGCUCAGGACUGGCUUUGUGAGAAGGCGCUGUUGGGAUUGAGCAGCUUUCUGUUACAACCGGCCACACACACACAAGUUGUCUCUGCAUGCACUGCUCCUCUCUGGAGCUAGCACUUAAUCAGUGUUUAUUUUGGAUUCAUUUAAGGUGUAACCUUAGUCUCCUAAUACAUCUGUUUUGGGGAAGGGCCAAGUUACUGUACAUCUUAUUCUUUGAGCCUGCAUUGUUGAUACCUCAUGCAGUGACCACCAAGUAACUAUGUACCAUGUGUUAGGUAUGAUUACAUCACUUGCAUCCCAUUCAGUAUUUGGAAUUAAAAAUGUAAAUGUUCUGUGACCAGAGCCAGGUUUGACAUAGUUGGAAUCAGCUCCUAGAGGAGUCCAAAUCCUGAAAAAUCUGGUCACCUGAUCUGCAUCUGGACUGAGUGUAUUUUAGCCCAGAAAGAAAUUAAAUGAUUUUAUAUUUAAAAAA